UUGCGAGAUAUCCGAGGAGUUUUGUUUACGCUAUUUGAGAUGGCGGCGAAUUUAACAAAUGCAAAGUACCUGUGCAGUUUAUGUGAUUACUCGAGUGGUCACCGUGGAAAUUAUCUUAGACAUCUUCAGUCUGUAUCUCAUCAGAAUAUCUUACAUUUUUAUUCCGAUGCAAAAAGCGAUUCGUGUGAAAAUAUUCCAAUAUCCACGGAAGAUUCUCAAGAAGACAUCGUUUUCGAUGAGCCGACAAAUUAUACUGAACAUGUGACGUUUCGAGAUGACCAGCCAUCGAAAUGUAAUCAAUAUGUGUCCGCUGAGGAAAAAACUAAUUUUGAUCACGAACAAAAGUCAGAAUGGUUUCCGUUUUUAUCCAAAGCAGAUUUUUAUCUGUAUGUUCUCAUGAAUUCUACCACACAUCCAGUGAGUGAUGAAGUAGUUAAAUAUGUUGUUUUCAUCUUAAAACAGUGUGGAGUAGAGGAUGUUCCUCCCUUUUCUUCAAUCAAAAGGAAAUGCUUUGGUUCCUUUGAUUGGAAUGAGUUCCUAAUUAAAAGCCAUGAUGAUGACAGUACUCCAAUGUGGGCUAUUAAACCAUCAGCAAUAGUAAAGAUGGCAGUUGCUCACCCUAAUGUUUCCAAAACAAUCAUCAGGUAUCCCAGAGUAGAUUCAUUAGGAGAAAAAAGUCAUCCUGCAUAUGGAGAGAAGUGGAUAAGUGAUUUAGAAUUCUGUUAUGCUGCAGAUGAAAACACAGCUUUUUUUAAAAAUGAGGUGUGCAUAUUUGAAUCAGAUGAAACUAAGCAGAUGGGAAUUAUUGAAAGCUUUGUAGAGAAUGUCAAGGAAAAUGUAAAAGAAGCUGUUAUUUCAAGUGUAGAGCCCAUGCUACUAAAACCUCCAUGCUGCCAAAGUGAAAAAGCAUUUCUUAUAUCAAGUGAUAGAAAGCAUUGUAAAAAGUUACAAAGCUUAAAACACAGAAAAACUUAUGAAAAUGAAUCAUACUACACAAAAGAAAGUUCAGAGGUGGUUUCUGGACCUAUCAACCAGAAUCACUUUAAUCUGUACUCAAGUAUGAAUAUGCCAAUUUUGACUGUUCCCGUAAACCUAUUUUUGGAUGACACGUCAACUCAUAGAUCAAAGAAAUGGCUGGCAUUACAUUGUAUACAGUUGCAACUAUCAGGAAUUCCAGUUGAUGAACGGCACAAAGAAAGACAUGUACAUUUUGUUGGAGCAUCAGAGAAAGUAGAAAUACUGAAAUUGGUGGAAAUAGCUAUUGCCGAUAUAAAACAAUGUCAAAGACAUGGUGUAAUUUCUUUUGAUGCCCUCAACCAAGAAGAAUGUAUGAUAAAGUGUCCUCUGGAUGUUAUUGUUGCAGAUUAUAACAUGCUUUCACACUGCUGCAACCAUCUUGGUGCAUCUGCAGACAAAUAUUGUCCAAGAUGCCUUUCAUCCUCUGGGACAUUUGAUCAGGUUAUACAUUCUAGAAAACCAAAGGAAACACUUCGAACAAUUAACAGAUUACAUCUGAGGUCUAAAGAAGUGGAUAAAGCCAUGCUACGCAAAGAAACAGGUGUCAAGGAACACUUCAAUUGUUUAUGGGAUGUUAUUGACCCACACAGAGACAUACCAGUGGGAUUAUUACAUCUUGUUCCCCUUGGUUUGACCAAACAUCUUGUGACAUACAUUGUGGAACAAGUAGAUCAAGAGAAACUUAAGAAAAUGGGUUGCCAUUUAGAAACACUUCAACCUUCCAAAGGACCUGAGUUUUUUCAACAUAUUGGAAGUCGACAAGGAAGAGACUUCAAAAGUUAUCUGCAAGUGGCUCCCUUUAAUUUGCUCUUUGCCAAGGUGGAUCAAAUUUUUAUCAAGCUUACCUGCUGUUUGGCCCUUAUACAAAAGCAACUUUACAUGAAGAAAACAGAUGAGCAAAGUAUCAAGAACAUGACGGAAAAUAUUGCAGCGUACCAUCGAAUGAUCACAGAAUUUUUACCAUCCUUUGCUAGGAAAGCCAAGACUCAUCUCCUACUUCAUGCUAUUGAUGAUAUCCAUAGGCAUGGGCCAUUACCUUCUUAUGAUGAAGAAGCAUUUGAAAAAAAUCAUGGCAGAAUUAGGGAUCAGAUUUUUCUACAAAAUCAAAAAGCCCGCAGUCGGGAUACUGCUGCGAAAUAUGCACAGCACAUUCUUUGUUCUCAUGUCAUCACUGGUGGUUACUUUAAAGAAAAUGACACUUGGACACAAGCUGCAGAAUGUAUUUUAAAAGCUGCUUCGGAGCCAUCUGUAAAGUCUUUCCUGGGAUUAAAAGAAGACAGCAAAAAAACAGUAGGAGAGCUUUCAAAAUUUGAGAGACAAUCCAAUGGUCAUAUUAGGAAAUACUCCGUUAUGAAUGAUGACCCAAUGAUUUCUUGUCAAAUAGGAUUAGACAACACUGCAACAUAUCAUAAAAGCCAGAGUGUAACAACACAGUCAUUGGAUCUCAUCAACAGUGGUGACUGGGUGAGAUACAAGAACAGCAAUGGCGACACGUGUCAUGGUAUCUUCACUGGGGGGUUUGAAUUUAGUACCAAGCAGACGUUGGUCCGUGUACAGAAAGCCCAGGAAUUAGAUCACACUGAUCCUUUCCUGGAUUGUCCAUUGCAUGAACUUACUUUGAACUAUGACUAUGUUCCAUCUGUACUAUUGGAAUGUCCAUGCUCAUUUUUCCAUGACUGUUACAGAGGAAAUUGUAGAAUGACCUAUAUAAUCACUUCAGCUCGAGUUGAGCAACAAAAUUUAUCAAAGCGUAAAUUAUCUAUUAAACAUAAUGAAGAACACAGGAUAUACUUAUUUAACAAAUUUCACUUGUAAAUGUUCUACAUAGGUAGAUCAACUGUAGACUUUUCAUUUAGGUUUGAAGAUAAUGAUAAAGAAAA